AUGCAUAUUGGAGCUGAGUUACCUAGUAAUGAAGAACUUGAUCGUUGGUUAGGAGAACCAGUUGCAGCUUUAAUAAUACAGUCCAACAUAUUUAUCACAAAUAAAAAAGGUUACCCAGUGUUAUCUAAACCUCAUCAAGAAUUUAUCAAAAAAAUGUUCAAUAUAGGCUGUCAAAUUGUAAUAUCUGGACAAUUAGGAAUUAAACAACAAUUCAAUUAUUUAGGUCAUCUAUACCAAAAUACUUCAUCAUUAACCCCUUACAGUUCUGACUUUAUAAGUGGCUUUGAAGAUUAUCUUCAGACACCAUUACAACCAUUGAAACAUAAUUUACAGUCAUAUGUUUAUGAGACAUUUGAGCAAGAUCCUAUCAAGUAUUAUGAGUAUCAAAAAGCAAUAUCAAAAGCUUUAAUUGAUAAAUAUGAAGAUAGAGUACUUGUUGUUUAUGUUGUUGGCGCUGGCCGUGGUCCAUUAGUAGAUGCUACGCUUGAAGCAGCUAARGGAUCAAAUAUUAAAGUCAAAAUAAGUGCUAUUGAAAAAAAUGAAAAUGCUUUACCGUCACUGUUAUUCAAAAAUAAAGAAAAAUGGGAAAAUCGUGUUACUAUUAUUAAUGAAGACAUGCGGUUAUGGAACCCAUCAGAAAAAUGUGAUAUUUUAGUAUCGGAGCUAUUGGGGUCUUUUGGUGACAAUGAAUUAUCCCCAGAGUGUUUAGAUGGGGCUCAAAAAUAUUUAAAAGAAGAUGGAAUAAGUAUACCUUCAAGUUAUACUUCUUAUUUAGGACCAAUACAAUCACGUAAAUUGCAUGCAGAAAUAUCAUCCAUUAGGAAAAAUAAUGAUAAUUGUAAUUUUCAAAAACCUUAUGUAGUACAACUAAAUAAUGUCUAUUCUAUAGCUCCACCAAAAGCCCUUUUUACAUUUGUUCACCCAAAAAAAAAUUUAAAAGAGAGUAAUGACAGAGAUGGGUUUUUGAAAUUCAAUAUAUCUCAAGAUUGUGUUUUACAUGGAUUUGCUGGUUACUUUGAAACUGUACUUUAUAAAGACGUACGUCUUAGUAUUGUUCCAGAAUCAUUUAGUGAUGGUAUGUUCAGUUGGUUUCCUGCUUACUUUCCUCUAAUAAAACCGAUAUUACUUGAUAAAGGAGAAGAAAUUCAAGUUAAUUUUUGGCGGUGCUGUGACAAGUAUAAAGUGUGGUAUGAAUGGUGUAUGACAAGACCAUAUCAAAGCAUUAUACACAAUAUAAAGGGUGAAAUGUAUUUUAUGUCACUUUAACUCAUUUUAUUUAGUAUCAAUUGUCAAUGUUUUUAUUUUAUUGUAAUUGAAUCAUAUGUUUCUGUAUUCUAUAACAUUAUCAAAUCAUAAGGUUUUAAAAUAUUUUUAAUGAUUAACAUAAAUUUGAAUAUUUAUUAUUUUAAGUUAAGMUGCCA